GGUCAUUUCUUCCCAACUCCCUAGGUCAGGUCUCUCUCUCUUAGCGCAGUGCGCACCCUCGUCCAUAGAAGAGAGGAGAUCUCAUCACAGCUCUGGUUCAGAUACUGGUAGCUCUCUCUCUCUCUCUCUCGCUUUUCAUUUUCAUUAGGGGUCCCUCUCCUUGCUUUCUUUACAACGGUUCUCUCUCUCUCUCUCUCUCUCUCUCUCUCUUACACAUUUCCCUUUUAAGAAUACAGCUUUAGAGUAACAAACAGGGUCCAACCUCAAAUCCAAGUUUGUGGGAUGAGUUGUGGAUCAAAGCUGGGUUACCUCUUUUUCUCUCCCUGGAGUUCUGCGAGCUAAUUCACCGGGUUCAAGUUCCCAUUUUUCCCUCAUUUUUAUUUUUGUCUAAUGAAAUGUGAAGUGAGAUUGGAUGAGAAAUUCGAAUCGGUUUGUGCACUUUGAUGAAUUUUGUGUCUGGAGAUGGAUCCUCCUUCUUUGAUUAAUGAAGGUUCCUUUCCCUCGGCAAACCCGUCCUCGUAUAGCUUGGCUGAGAUUUGGCCUUUCCCGCUCAACGGCGGCGGGGGUGUUGGGGAUUCCGCUGGUGUUUUGGGAUUGAGGAGGAAUCAUUUUGGGCAGAACUUGAGUGGCUUUGUGGAAACUAAUGGGAAUGGGACGGUGGCGGUGAAUCGAGAUUUGUCCAUCGAUGAGUCAACGGUUACGGAGCAGAGCGGGAGUCGCGGUGGGAGUGGAAGGAAGCGUAGAGAUGCGGGUUCAGAGGAUGAGUCAUCUAAGCUUGUUUCUACGAGCAGUGGCAAUGAUGUGCAGAACGAUUGUGAUGGUAAACGCCUAAAGGUUUCGGGAUCAAAAGAUGAAAAUGGUGAUUCGAAAGCUGAGGUGGAAGCGAGUUCUGAUGCUGGUAAUAAAGCAGCUGAACAAAACACUCAACCUCCUGAACGGCUUAAGCAAGAUUACAUUCAUGUGCGGGCAAGGAGGGGGCAAGCUACUGACAGCCACAGCCUAGCAGAGAGAGCUAGGAGAGAAAAGAUCAGUGAGAGGAUGAAGAUUCUUCAAGAUCUAGUCCCUGGAUGCAACAAGGUCAUUGGCAAAGCUCUGGUCCUUGAUGAAAUAAUUAACUACAUCCAAUCACUCCAGCGUCAAGUUGAGUUCCUGUCAAUGAAGCUUGAAGCAGUUAACUCACGAAUGAACCCUACCAUUGAAGGGUUUCCUUCAAAAGAUUACGGUGCACAGGCAUUUGAUACUACUGGAAUGGCAUUCAGUUCACAAGCAACAAGGGAAUAUGGCCAAGGGUCACAACCAGAAUGGCUGCAUAUGCAGGUCGGUGGCGGCUUUAAGGAUCAACAUGACUUUAGUUAAUCCUCAUCAAUUGGCAAUAAGGUCAUAAGUAGCUUGCUUCCUCCUUUGAUGAUUGUCAACAAUUAUGCCCCAGUCAUCUUAGUCCAGAGAAGAAUCUUAUUAUUAUUAUUUUCUACAUCUGGUGUGGAGCUGUGGUUUCUGUUUAUAUGAGUGAGCUUCAACCAAAAAUCUUUACAGUCUCCAUUUCGUUGUGCGUUAGAAAAAUCCAUUCUUUUAUCUUUAUAUAUCAUCUAACAGGAAGUCCUGUCCUUUAUUGUAUCACUAAACCUGAAUUGAACCUCCUGCUAUGAAUGUUCUGGAACUCUUUUAGACAUAACUAAUGAAUGAAUGCUUUUUCAGAAUUUGUAAUA